UUUUUAUAAUUCUUAGUUGAAUUCUGCUUUGAGUACUCCAGUGAAAGGUACACAACGUUCUUGGUCAUCAGCAAACUCAACACCCACAAUGUUAUCUCAGAUAUCAAAAUCUACGUUAGGUGCAGGUGGAAGCACAUUAUCAUCUACACCAACAUCUGUGAAGCAAACAACAAAAGCGGCGAACAAUCUAUCAAACUAUUCGAAUAUGUAUAGUGUUUAUGGUAUUAAGUCAGGGUUGGAAAUACUAACUUGCGCUGAUAUUAAGGAUAUGACUGGUAUUAAAAUACCAUCACAUAAUGAUACUUGGUGGUGUAUUUUAGAAUUUUCAUGCCAAGAAGUACGUGAAUGUACAGAUGAUUUGGUUAUAUUUUUUUCGAGUAGCUCGGAAAUGCAAAGAUUUUUAAGACUUUUGGAACAAUUAUGGCAGUCGAAAAAUAAUGAUUUAUUCCCUAUUACUGUACUGGAUGAGGAUGAUUUGAUUGCUGAGCAGUGUACUAUGCUCUAUAUUGAUAUUAAUCGUUCAUGGGAGCCUUUAUUGUCAGCUGCUUUAGGUUAUCCUUUGUAAACGUAAUAAUUUGAUUAAAUGCACUUUUUAGAAUAAUACAUAUAAGAAAAACAUAAUAAUAACCUAUCCG